AUGUUGCUCAAGGCUUUCUACGGACUCGCACUGUUGCGCAGCGUCUCUGGCGCCGCUGUGCUUCGAAGACAGUCGGCUGGAAACAUUGAUGACUGUCCUGGAUACUCGGCAUCGGACAUUGUCAACACAGAUACAGGCCUCACUGCGAAAUUGACCUUGGCUGGACCGGCAUGCAACGCCUAUGGCGCGGAUGUACAGAACUUGCGCCUCGCUGUAAAUUAUGAUUCAAAGAAGCGAUUGCACGUCAAGAUUGAGGAUGAAGGCCAGGUUGCCUACCAAGUUCCUACUAGUGUGUUCCCUACACCAGAUGCCAAUAACUCGGUCUCGGCUGGUGAUGCGACUCUCGAGUUCUCGAUGGAGCAGAACCCCUUCAGCUUCAAGAUCACUCGCAAGUCAAACCAGGAAGUCCUUUUCGACACCUCCGAUUCACCUAUUGUUUUUGAGGAGCAAUACCUCCGCCUGCGUACUUCGCUUCCUGACAAUCCCAACAUCUACGGUCUCGGCGAGCAUUCUGAUUCUCUUCGCCUCAACACUACUGACUACACCCGCACAUUGUGGUCAAGAGAUGCCUACGGUAUUCCCUCAGGCACCAACCUCUACGGUAAUCACCCGAUCUACUUUGACCACAGAGUAGGCAAGGGCACCCAUGGAGUCUUCUUGCUGUCAAGCUCAGGUAUAGAUAUUAAUAUCAACAAGACCGAAACCGAUGGCCAAUAUCUUGAGUACGACACUUUGGGAGGCGUCCUCGACCUGUACUUCCUGGAUGGUCCUAGCCCUGUUGAGGUUGCUCAGGAAUACAGCAGCGUUACUCAGAAAGCCGCUAUGAUGCCGUACUGGGGCUUUGGAUUCCACCAGUGCCGCUACGGAUACCGUGAUUUCUACGCCAUCGCUGAAGUCGUCUACAAUUACAGCACCGCGGCCAUUCCUCUGGAGACCAUGUGGACGGACAUAGAUUACAUGUACGAAAGAUAUAUCAUGACGACCGAUCCCGAUCGCUUCCCUCUUGCCCGAGUUCGCGAAUAUGUCAACUACCUCCACGAACACAACCAACAUUACAUCGUCAUGGUCGAUCCUGCCAUGGCCUACCAGACUGAACGCGAGAACGGAUUGCCUUAUGAGUCGUUCCUCCGUGCUCGUGACCAGGGCAUUCUCCUCCAGAAGAAUGGCUCCAUCUACCAGGGUGUUGUUUGGCCUGGUGUUACAGCGUUCCCUGACUGGUUCCACCCCGACACUGCCGAGUACUGGAACAGCGAGUUUGCCGAAUUCUUCGAUGCAGAGACUGGUGUCGACAUCGACGCCUUGUGGAUUGACAUGAAUGAGGCUGCUAACUUCAACUACUUUGGAUCAAACCCCCAGGACGAGGCGGAAGCUCGUGGGUUCCCUCCAACCAGACCCGCCAUCAGAUCCGCUCCUCGCCCGAUUCCUGGCUUCCCUGAGGCAUUCCAACCUAAUGCCAGCAGCCCAUACCCUCCUGAUGAGCUUGCAUAUGCACCUCCAUGGCUCGCUCCCGCUUCCGACCCUGGUGCUGCUAAGCGCUCUGUUGGUGUGGAGAAGCCAGUCAAGCGUUCAGUCGGUUUGCAAUACUCUCCACUGGACAAGCGCCAGUCGGCUCAGACUAUCGGCUUCCCUAAUCGUAACCUUCUCGGACCUCCCUACCAAAUUGACAACGAGAACACUGUUGAAGCCUACGGUGGUGUCUCUAACAACACUCUUGACACGGAUAUUGUUCAUUACGAUGGACAUGUUGAGCUUGAUGUUCACAAUCUGUACGGUACCAUGAUGAGCACAUACUCCAGGAACGCGCUUGAAGCCCGUAGACCUGGAAGAAGACCAUUAGUCAUCACUCGUUCAACCUUUGCUGGUGCUGGAAAGGCAGUCGGCAAAUGGCUUGGUGACAACUUGUCGACUUGGGAGCUCUACCGUCAAUCUAUCCAAGGUAUGCUCGACUUCGCUGCCAUCUACCAAGUUCCCAUGGUUGGCAGCGAUGUUUGCGGUUUCGGUGGAAACACUACCGAGACACUCUGUGCUCGCUGGGCUUCUCUCGGCGCCUUCAACCCUUUCUACAGAAACCACAAUGGAGACAGCUCUAUCCCUCAAGAGUUCUACCUUUGGGAGACCGUUGCAGAGUCUGCCCGAAAGUCGAUUGAAAUCCGCUACAAGCUACUUGACUACAUCUACACCGCUAUGCACAAGCAGAGCACGGACGGUACUCCUCUUAUCAGCCCCAUGUUCUUCCAAUACCCUCACGACAAGGCAACUUCUGCUCUCGAUCUUCAGUUCUUCUACGGCGAUGCUCUCCUGGUCGCUCCUGUCACGGAAGAGAACUCGACUACCGUAGACGUUUACUUCCCCAACGACCGCUUCUACGAUUUCAAGACCUUCAAGACUGUUGAGGGUGCUGGCGCGAACAUCACCAUCUCGGAUGUUGACUUUACAGAUAUUCCUCUCUACAUCCGUGGCGGAUCUAUCAUUCCUAUGCGUAACGCAUCUGGUUAUACAACCACUGAUGUCCGCAAGCAGCCCUUCAACAUCGUGAUCGCACCUGGCCGUGAUGGAAAGGCCAGCGGACCGUUGUAUCUGGACGAUGGUGACAGCAUCAAGCAGAACGCUACAUCCGUGAUCGACCUCAGCUACGAGAACGGUGUCCUCAGUGUUUCUGGAUCCUUUGAUUACCAGGCUGAAGACAACCGUGUCGUUCAGGUCACUCUCCUGGGCCAAAAGGGUCACUCCGGAAACGCACCUAAGUGGAAGGAGGACGGUGACGACCAAAAGUGGAACAAGUGCGCAGACAAUGACUGGAGCUUUGACGGUUCCACUCACCACGUCUUGGUCCAGUUCGACCAGAAACUCACUGGACCGUUUGUGGUCUCUGUAUAG